CCAACACAUCUUAUCCUACGCACCAACCCCUCACUCCCUCCAAAACCCACCCUGUAAAAAGUGAAAACCCAAACACCCAUUAUCCUACGCACCCACCCCACCUCUACACGCCACCGUUAAUCAUCAAAUCAUCCUCAGUUCACUGUCAAAAAUCAAAAGAUUUUUAUGCUUUCUUUCUUGAUUCUGUGAUUGUGUCAGAUCCUUAGUUGUUUCUUGUGACCAAAAGUGAAAAGAAAAGCAGAGUACUGCGUAUUUUAGCAGAGUACGGUGUUACAGAAGAUUCCCCUGUUUUUCUUGUCAAAAUUAGCCUCUGUAUCAUCAACAUUGUGUUUAAAACUUCAACAAUUGAACCAAAAUCAAAAUUUCUGAACAAAAUGUGGCUCCAUUUUGACCAAAUGUUGAAAAAAUCAUAACCUCUGUGUUCGAACAUUUUGGUGAACAAGAUGAUGAAUGAUAACGCAAGCGUGACGUCAUCGUUGUUAGCUGUCGUAGAGAAGACACCUAGAAAGAAUGGUGGGUGUGUUGGUAUGUUUUUUCAGCUGUUUGAUUGGAACCGAAGGUUUACGAAGAAGAAAUUGUUUUCCAAACGGUUGCUUGCGCCAGGUUUGAAGAAGUUUGGAGGUGAUGAGAAGCUGCCUAAGUUAUUACUGAUUGCUGAUGAAAACAGUGGAGGCUUCCCAAAUAAGAACAAAAACGACAUUAACGGAGUUCAAACUCCUAAUCUGGUUGCUAGGCUCAUGGGGCUGGAGUCUAUGCCACCGGUGCACCACGAUAAGCCUCAUAAAGAUCAUUCCGACGAGUUUAAGCCUCAAAAACAUGAUUCUAGCGAGUUUAGGCCUCAAAAGAUUCAAAAGACAGCAAUAGUGGAUAGAAAAUCUGUGACCAGAUUUGGAGCAGAAGCAUUGCAGUUAAAACAUGUUUUAUCUCAAUCAAGAAAGCAUCAUCACCCGAAACUCGCGUCGCCUGUAACGAGUACUAGUCAUCGCGGAAAGAGAAAUUCAUCGCGGUUAAUUGGUGCUGCCACUAGAAUCUUGGAACCCGGGUUGCAGGCUAGAAACAAGUCCAAAUAUGUCAUUAGUUACGGUCAGGGUGCACGAAGACCGUUGGGAAACGGGCUCAUAUCGGAGCCCGUUAAAGGUGAAGAUCUUGAUCUAUUGAGUAGACAUGCAUCUUGUAAAAACUGUGGCAAUUUGAUUGAUGUUGCGGAGUCCACAUCAAAGAGAGAUAUGAUCAAGAACACGAAUGGUAGUAACUUGAGAUAUGAUCAAGAACACGAGUUUUCGACCGAUGGUGUAUCGAUUGAUCGUGGUUAUUUUCAGGAAGAUAACCGAGACCAGGUGAAAAUGAACACGGGUUUAAGUGGUCAAACACGGUCAAGGGUCAUGCCUAAAGGUGGAGAUAUGAAGUUUGAAAGCGCGCGUGUUAAUUGCUCAUCUCCAAGGCCGAAAAGGAGAGUAAUGCAUACUAGAACACAAUGGGGAAGUUGUGGUAUAGUCGGUUCGUCGAUUAACGGGCCAAGAAUGGUUAGUACUGUUCAACCGAAACAAGUUUAUCGGGGACAAAUUGUCAACAAGAACCAUGAUGAUGGGAUGACAUUUAGGUUCAGUUCUCCAAUGAAGAAAAACCCGAAUGCUACUCCUUGUAAAACGACUUCACGCAAACGGGUUCCACCAAAUCCGAGCUAUGAAAAUAUACAUGCGCAGAAACCAUUAUCGGUGACAGUUGCAGGGUAUGAAUCAGGAAUAUAUGGGAGGACUCAAAAUGAUAGGAACCAUCACGGUUACGGGCAUGACCACUGCAACGGCUUCUGUUUGCAGCCCGUGUGUUUUCCUUCAUCGCGCUAUGAAGCUUCGUUUUCAAAUGACAGCUGUUGCUCCAGCAGUUUUGAAGAUAGUUCAGUACGCACACAACACGCGGACUCCAUGAGUUACUCAUACGACGACGAAUCACAAUAUCAAGAAUCAGAGACCGAUCCUUUUUGUUCUGGUGUCGUGUUAAGAAAAGAGAACACCCAUAGCAAGUUGGUAACCGAUCUUCUAACGUAUAUUUCACAAGUAUUAUGCAGCAUAGAUCUUGUUAAUACCAAAACGAAACGUAACAUAACAGAAAUCAUCUUCAACUCCGAGCUAGUCCUAGGCAGUCAAACGCCACAUAACCCGAAUGAAAUAAACUCGUUCUUCAUAUGCGACCUUCUACUCGAACUCGACACUCUUACAAAGGUAACGUGGACAAGAUUUGGUAACUUUCUCGGUUCUAAGAACUCAAAUGCGCGAUAUCAACUUAAACGCUUCGUCUUUGAUUCCCUAAUAGAAUAUUUGGAGUCGAAAUAUGUCCGAUACGCGAAAUGUGGAUUUAGAGAAUGGAUGAACCUCCCUCCAUUCAUGGGUUUUGAUAGUUUAGUUUAUGAAGUUGUGGAGGAGGUGAGAGGGUGGAUGAGUGCGGCAUCGGACGAGGUAGUGGUCCCGAUGGACAUGAGUCGUGGAUCGGGACAAUGGAGUGAUUUUGAGAUCGAAGCGUAUGAGACGGGUGCUAAGGUGGAGUGGGAUAUUGUCGAGAUGUUGAUCGAUGAAAUCGUGGUUGAUGUUUCGACCGGUUUUCGCCCUUUUCGGGUGUGAAGGGGUUCUUUUUCAUGGUCCAAAUGAAGAUGUACAUUUUUGGAGGAUUUUAUUCCUUUUGGUUUAGUGAACAAAAUGCAAUUUAUUUUAUUGGAAGGUUCUUUAAUGUUGUAAUGAAAUGCUAAUUGUUGACAUGAGUCGUAACCAAUUUACAGAAUGAAUAUAAGAAUUUGAAUUAUGCUA